AUGCCACCCAAGAGGACCUUCCAACGGACCCUCUCCAGCAACUCGAACACAUCCUCCUCAUCCUCGUCGAGCAAGGGCAAGCUCAAACAGAAUAAGCUCGACUUUUCGCUGCAUUCCACCUCAUCGACAGCAAGGCCAUUCGCUUCUAGACCGCUCAGCAUCACACCUUCUUUUGGCUUGCCAGGGGCCACUUCGGCAGCCACGAUACCACCUCCGCUGCCAACAGCUGUCGAAAAGGGAAAACAGAAGGAGGAGCAGCCGACUAUAGUCGAGGAGGAGAGCGAGGUUGAUGAGGCCAGCAGUCUCUGGUCCGAGAGAUUGGCGCCCAAAGGUGCCGACGAGCUGGCCAUCCAUCCCAAGAAGGUAGCCCAGGUGCGUGGCUGGCUGGAAGAGGCCUUCUCCUCCAAGCCCGCUUUGGAUAAGUAUCGCAAAGUCCUUGCCUUGACUGGUCCAGCUGGAGCCGGCAAGUCAGCGACAAUCCGUGCGCUGGCUUCCGCAUCAGAUCUCGACUUUGACAUCCUCGAAUGGCAUAAUGACCAGCCGUCGUUCGACCCCAACGCGCCCGGCUCCUCCUUCAUCGAACGGUUCACCGACUUCCUCUCCAAAGCGGCCAAGUUUCCCACAUUGGACUUCCAUGCCUCUGACGAAGAUGCAUCCAGUUCAUCGCUCACCAUCGACUCCGCACAGCCCACCAACCGGCGCAGAGUGAUCUUGCUGGAGGACAUGCCCAACUUGCACCAUCUGCCCACCAAGCAGCUCUUCCAGGCGUCCAUCGAGCAGUACAUCCAGCAGUCGAUGCAGCUUUCGUCUCGAGGAUUCGCCAACGUGCCCAUCAUCUUGAUCGUCACAGAGAGCACGCCAAGGGAGGACGAGGACAGAUGGGCUGGCGACUCGUCCGGCAACACCUGGAGAGACAGGAUCGCAUCCAUCAUGGACACUCGCACGGCCCUUGGUGAGGGCAUCCGAAAGCAUCCCGCUUACACUGAGGUCAGAUUCAAUCCGGUCGCACCAACAAUCGUUCUCAAGGGUCUGAAAAGAGCUGUCGAGCUAGCACCUUCGUCAAGAGGCAAAGCCAGCUCGAAAAUGUGGCUUGAGCUGCUGCAGGCCAUCGCUGAAGACUCGAAUGGCGAUCUCAGGGCUGCAGUCAACUGUCUGCAGUUCGUCGGAGCAAACAGCAAGCAUUUCGAGGCGAUUACAAAGCAAAAGGGCGCCCGAAAGGCAGAAGAUACGAGAAAAGCCAUGCGGAAGUUGAUGCCGUUAGUGUCGGGGAGGGAGAGCUCUCUUGCUCUGUUUCAUGCCUUGGGCAAGGUGCUGUACAACAAGCGGCAGGGUGAUCCGAACGAUGACGGAGGCGGGACGAACGGCAGGGCUAUCGCAAACGAAUCCAUCGACAGCGACGAAGACGAAGGCGGUGGCGACGAUCUCAUCGACAGGGUCGAGCUCGAGGCGCGAUUGACACGCGCCAUGCGGUCCAUCGUUCAGGCUCCUUCCAACGAGGGCAGCCUCCGCGAACUACCAGAGCAUUUCUCGCAUCUGGACCGGCGGACUUCACGUGUGGCACCCGAUCAACUCUGGGCCGACUUGCCUGUCGACUCUUCCGUCUUCCAGCUUUAUCUGCAUCAAAACUUUCCGCAAUUCUGCACCGAGGUCGAACAGUGCGAAGACAUCCUCGAGGCGUUCAGCACAGCCGAUGUGCUGACACCUCUGCACGAGCAGUACCGCCAUUCAUCGCUCUCAGCCUACUACUCUUUUCUCAUAUCGACGAGGGGCACGCUGCUACAUCUGCCCAGCCCGGUGCCUCGAAACGGGCAGAAGCUGGGCAAGGCGACCUGGUGGGACGUGCAAAAGAAGCUCAGGGUCUUGUUGCAGGAUGUCGAGGAUAUCAAGGCGUCCUCGACUGGCGGCGCGGGCCGUGUCGAGAGGGAAGACGCGGGCGGAGGUCGGUUCCAGAGGACCAAGUUCAAUCAGCCUACCUCCCUAGACGAGGUCGAGAGAACAGAUGCGGGGCUUGGCGAAGAGGCGACACGAGCCACGCUCCUCCACAGCAACCCGGUGACGCUCGUCACUGAGGUUCUUCCACUUCUCGCAAAGAUUCAACCCUCUGGUGUGGACAGCAAGGUGCACGAGCUGGCCAGGAUGCGCUUCGAAUACGCCGGGGUAGCAGAUAUCGCGUCUAGAACCCUGGACGAGCAUGAGACUGGCGUCGUAGUGGAGGACGACGACGAACAGCUGCCAGAGCAGCGAUCGGUACAGGAGAAGCAAGCGACGAAGAGGAAGGCAUCGCCGACAAAGGAGGAUCAGGAAGAGGAGGCGGAGCAUUUGAUCCUAUCCGACGACGAUAUCGGCGAUUUCUGA